AUGAGGAAGCUCAUCUCGGGUUUGUUUGUGCAAACACCUCAAAAAUUUUCUUUGGAGACGCUCAAUAAAUUAUGUGAUGUGUUGGAACAAAACAAAGUGAUAAAUGAAUUAAAUUCGGAUGUUGUCAUUGAAACUUUACGAUCUAUUUCCGAGUUGAUGGUGUGGGGAGACAAACAUAAUGAAAGAUUUUGGGACUUGUUUUUGGAGAGGAAUGUCUUUCACUUCUUUUUCAACGUACUAUCACAACCGAACUCACCUAAUCACGUCAAGAAACAAUUAAUUCAAUCUAUUAGUAUUAUGAUUCAAAAUAUGAACAACAAAAAUUCCCUGUAUUUUUUACUCUCCAAUAAUCACAUCAAUGAAUUGAUUAACCACCCUUUGGAUUUUGCGGAUGAAGAACUUUUGGCUUAUUACAUUAAUUUCCUGAAAACAAUUUCUUUGAAAUUUGACAAAUCAAUGAUUCAAUUCUUUUUUGACAGCGUUAAUUCUAGAUUCCCUCUUUAUGAUCAAGCUAUAAAGUUCUGUAAUCACACCGAUAGCAUGAUCAGAAUUGCAGUAAGAACAAUCACAUUGAAUACAUACAGUGAAGGAAUGGAUGAAAAAUUAACAGAAUCCAUUGUAGAUUUGACAAUCAAGAAAGUAAUUAGGGAUUCAAUUAUAAGUUUCUCUUGUAGCGAUGAGGAACAUAAUCACAUUGAUAAUAAGUUUGGAUUAUUAUUGGAAACAAUUUUAUAUUGUAUUUCUCAAGUUUAUUCUGUUUUUACAAAUGAAGAAUUAAUAGAGAGAUUAACUUAUCUACUGUUUUCAAAAGAGAUAGGAUGUGAAAAUUCAUUUAUUGAAAUGGUAUUCGAUCAAGUUCAAAGGAGGAACGAUAAUGAGUCACUAUUACUGAGUUCAUUAUGUUUUAUGUAUUCUAUGAUUGUGAAUGAAUCAACACCAACAGGUCCGUUAUUGACAAUUGGAAUGGCUAAAGUUUCUGAAGUUAAUCAGUCAUCUUUUGAUCAGUCAGACAAUUGUUUCUUUAACACUAUUACCUACUUGAUGGGACAUAGUGCACCAACGAGAAUUAAUACAUACCAUAUGAUUUAUAGAAUUUUGACAGCAUUAUGGAGUAGUUUGGAUGAAACCAAUUCAUUAUACAUUGAAAAUUAUCUUCCGACCCUGAAGAAGCAAUUUUCCAAGUGCAAGGAGGUUAUGAAAAAAUUAUUUACAGAACUGAGUGUAUUUGACUUUUUGGAUGAACUACAAGUGGAAUUUACACAAUACCAAAGAUUAUUCUCUUUAAGAUCAGAUGCCACUGUUUCUGAUAUUUCUACAUUAAUGAAUUAUGAAGAAAACGAAACUUCACAAUCACCAUUUGAUCAAAUACCACUUCAAAAAUCAAAUAAGAAGAUCGAGACAAAUACUAGAUUUGAAAUUCAUGAAUUUUUAUUGAUAUAUGAGUUUGUAUGCAAAUCUCCAAUUUUGAGUAAGCUCAUUUUAGGGAGAGAAAAACUAGUAUCACUCUCAGAUAUUAUUAAUCCAAAACCAGAAUAUUGUCCUGGAGAGGAAGCUGUUAUGAUCAAUAGAGAAACUAUUCGCUGCAGUAUUACUUCUCCAAUUACAUUUCCUCAAAUGGUUCCUAGCUCACCAAAGAAAGCUCCUGGAGGUACUCCAACUAGAACAAAUGUAAACACACCUGUUGGUCAUGUUACUCCAACCAAAAAGGAUAAUAGAGAAAUGCGCCAUAUUUUCUUUGAUGCAAACUAUCUCUACAUUGUAACUGUUGACGUUAAUAGGAUUGGUUUUGGAAUUGUGGAAGAAACUGUUCCAUUAUUUACUGUUGAUGUAUGUUAUUUAUUUAUAUCAUAG